CUCGCAGUGAUCGUUGCACACUCGUCACAACGUAAGACCUAUCCGUUCGGUAUCACAACAAUACAACUUGAAUAUUUUCACCAAAUGGACUUUUUACCAUUUUUCCUAUUGAAAAAGGGAAAACCCCUUUAAUCGUAACAGUGAAGAGACUAGGAAAUAAGAAAGUAGAAAGGAGAGAAGAGCGAAAAAUCGAGGGCGGUCUGCCGGAGGUGUCACAGCGUCCAGGGGGUUUGAUCGAUCGAGAAUAAUCUGAUGAGUUGAACGCCAGCGGUCGCCAACUUUUUUUUUCUCCUCUCAUUCAAUUAUUUUCUCCGGGAAUUAUUAAUAUUUAUCGUUUUUCCAAUAUUUUCGACGGAGCGAUCGAAACGGUCGACGGCUGUACCACUCACCAAGGGAGGGGCAUUCCAUUCAACAAACGAUGUGGCACUUCGGAGUAGUUGUUAAUGUAGUAUGUGUGUGACAACGGGAUUGACAACAUGGAUACAGUGGGUAAUUGCACACUGCCAGCAAUCGAGGAUUUUCCACAUGACCUGUUUGACGAGGGGCAACGACAAGCCGGUGCUGUCGUCGUACAUGUCCUCAUAUCUCUUUACCUGUUCAUCGCUUUAGCGGUCGUAUGCGACAAAUUUUUUGUACCUGCUGUAGAAAGAAUAUGCCAUGCAUUGUCAAUGUCGAAGGACGUUGCAGGCGCCACGUUUAUGGCAGCAGCAACAUCCGCGCCCGAGUUGUUCGUCAACGCAAUUGGCACAUUCAUCACCGAAGGUGAUAUCGGUGUCGGUACAAUAGUAGGAUCGGCAGUCUUUAAUAUCCUCGCAGUACCCGCCUGCUGUGGUAUUGGCGCAGGAAUGGUGGUUCCACUGGAUUGGUGGCCAGUGAGCAGGGACUGUCUGGCGUACGGCGUCACAGUUGCAAUCCUAAUCUGCAUUAUUCACGAUGAGAGGGUGGAAUGGUAUGAGGCAUUGUGCCUCGUCCUCCUCUAUAUCGUCUAUAUCGCCGUUAUGUACUGGGACAAGUCCUUCCAACGGUGCACGAGAUUCCGCACGAAAAACAGUGUCUCCUCUUCAGAAGACGCCCGAAUUCCUCCCGGAGACGCUGGUGAAAUACACUUAUCAAGAUCCGAUAAAUUGCAAUCUCCGGGUGAGAGAGUUGAGCAAAUUGCGACCAUCGACGUACCACUGCAGAAUGGCGGCACUAAAAAUCAAGAGGAGAAUCACGAUGCUGAUUACGAGUAUGAAUUGCUAGUUUGGCCGGCCCGAGGCGGAUGGAUUCGAAAAACUGCUUGGAUAUUAACGUGGCCAAUUCACCUAAUUUUCAUGUGUACAAUUCCCGACUGUGAGAAGCCGAGAUUCAAAAAAUGGUUUCCCAUAACUUUUCUAAUGUGCAUAAUGUGGAUAGGCUCACUGAGUUACGUAGUAGCCUGGAUGAUAACAAUUAUUGGCGAUACACUGAAGAUACCAGACUCUGUUAUGGGUAUAACAUUUUUAGCUGCUGGAACUAGCGUGCCCGAAGCUGUUUCAAGUGUUAUUGUAGCAAAACAAGGUCACGGAUCGAUGGGAAUCAGUAACUCGAUCGGCUCAAACACAUUCGACAUACUACUAUGCCUCGGCCUACCCUGGCUCAUUAAGUCAUCCUUCUCACCGACAAUUCCUGGUCGUCACUUCAUAAGCAUCAACUCUGGCGGUCUAGAAUACAGUGCAAUAUCACUACUCUCGACUCUAUUACUCCUCUACAUAGCCUUCGCAUCAAACAAAUUUCAGCUUGAUCAGAAAGUUGGACGUGCUUGUCUCUGCAUGUAUGCAGUCUUCCUCAUUCUCGCCUCGCUUAUCGAGCUCAAUGUAUUCUUCAGGGUAAAUCUUCCAACUUGCAAGAAAACAGUCAAGUGAUAUGAAAUCUCCUAGACCUAGAAUCUCAUUAAUUCAAUUAACUUUUUUUUUUUUGUGAAUCUCUCUGACAAUCUGGGUUUGCCAUGUCAUGUGGAUUACCAAUAUGAAGAAUAUUGAAUAAAUCUCUCAAUGAAUAUUCGAUAUUUAAUAUUCUUCAUGCACAACCCGAAUCAUUGAUCUACUGCGAUACUCGAAUUACGCUCCGAGUAUGCUGGUAUUUUCUUCUGACGUUAUUAUUUCUUUCUCGAGAAAACACGUGUUGUCAGAGGUAUAUGAGAGGGUGUUUCUCAAGCACCAGAAUGUCUGUUACAUAACACUCUUUGAACUGUCUUUGAAGCUGCGCUACGUAAUAUCGACUCAGAGACUUUCAAAUUUAUUCGCAUAUAAAUAUCUACAUGAGCGCACACGUAUUAUUUCCUCCCCUCUCCCUUCCACUAUUCUAUUCUAUUCUAUUCUAUUCUACUCUUUGUGUACAGUUUUUAUGACACGCUUGAUACCAAUGGUUUCAAUAAUUCAAAAAAAUAUUUUAUACAUUCAUUACUCUUCUAGAAUAUUUACCUCACUUUUCAACUCGCGACAAUCAAUUUUAGCCAGAGAUUAUUAUCUUCACAAAUUAUUUUAAUUUUUCACUCUCUCUUUCUCUCCCUCUCUCACGCUCUAUUCUAUAGUAAUUAUUUUGGUAAUUUUUAUGUUAAGGACAUCAUUUUUAUUAUUGUUUUUUUUUUGGCACAAAGUUUGAGACAACGAAGGUGAUGGUGAGUGCCGACAAAAGAGUCAAUUGUAUUGCGUCGAUUUUAGGUCGAGGUUGCACAAGUGGAAAAUUUUAUUCUUGGAAAUUGUUGAAUUGAAGAAAAUUUGUAAGUGGAAUGUAUGUAGCUAGUUAAAUUUACGACUUAAGAUUAAUAAA